CCCAACUGUGCUCAUCCCAACCGCGAGGUCCAAACAGCUGCAGGAAUCGUGUCGGCACUGAGGCAAGAUGGUGCAGAGGUACCAGUCACCGGUCCGCGUUUACAAGUAUCCCUUUGAGCUGGUGAUGGCGGCGUAUGAGAAGCGAUUUCCGACCUGCCCACUGAUCCCGGUGUUCCUCGGCAGUGAGAUUCUCAGUGAGUACCAAAGUGAGGACACCUCCCUGCAUGUGGUGGAGCGGAGCUGUAAACUCAACGUAGAUGCACCACGGCUACUAAAGAAGAUUGCAGGGGUGGAGUACAUCUAUUUUAUACAGAAGAACAGCCUGAACUGGAAGGAGCGUUCACUGAGGAUCGAGGCUCACAAUGAAACUUUCUCCAGCAGAGUCCUCGUCAAUGAGCUCUGCAGCUACAUAGUUCACCCUGACAAUGAUGACUGGACCUGCUUUGAACAAUCUGCAUCGCUGGACAUCAAGUCAUUCUUUGGCUUUGAGAGCACCGUGGAGAAGAUUGCAAUGAAACAAUACACAGCCAACAUAAAGAGGGGUAAGGAAGUUAUCGAGUACUACCUGAACCAGCUGACAGCACAGGGCAUCACACAUAUUCCGCGAUGGACGCCUCCAGCCACCAUCACUACGGUGGAGGCUGUGGCAGAAUCCAGCAGGCCCCCUCUGGCACCACCACUGGACAUUAGGGUUGAGCCGGCAGAACCUCUGCCUCACAGCAGCAUCAAAGAAGCAAUACCGAGCUUGAGCGGUCAGGAAGCAACCACCCCACUACCAGACGCUGAUAAACUGGAUGCUGAUUACAUUGAGCGGUAUCUGGGCCAUCUGUGCCCAAUGCAGGAGAGCUGCCUGAUCCAACUUCGCCAGUGGUUGCAGGAAACACACAAGGGCAAGUCUGAGGCAGGUGACUGGAAACAAGAAAAGAUUCCCAAAGACGAACACAUUUUACGGUUCCUGCGGGCCCGGGACUUCAACAUAGACAAGGCUCGGGAGAUCCUGUGCCAGUCGCUGACCUGGCGGAAGCAGUACCAAGUGGACUACAUCUUGGAAAUGUGGAGACCUCCCCAGGUGCUGGUGGAAUACUAUACAGGAGGGUGGCACCACCACGACAGAGACGGCCGCCCACUGUACAUCCUGCGCCUGGGUCAGAUGGACACGAAGGGGCUGCUGAAGGCAGUGGGAGAGGAGGCUAUUCUCCGGCAUGUUCUUUCAAUUAACGAGGAUGGUCAGAAGCGAUGUGAAGAGAACACCAAAGUCUUUGGCCGCCCCAUUACCUCGUGGACCUGCCUGGUGGAUCUGGAGGGACUGAACAUGAGGCACCUGUGGCGCCCUGGAGUGAAGGCUCUGCUCCGCGUCAUCGAGGUGGUCGAAGCCAAUUAUCCUGAGACCCUGGGGAGGCUGCUCAUUGUCAGGGCCCCGAGAGUCUUCCCUGUGCUUUGGACUCUGGUUAGCCCUUUCAUUAAUGAGAACACUCGGCAGAAGUUCCUAAUCUACAGCGGCAACAAUUACCAGGGGGCAGGGGGCCUGGUGGACUACAUUGACAAGGAGAUUAUCCCUGACUUCUUGGGCGGAGAGUGUGUGUGCAGUAUCCCAGAGGGAGGGAUGGUUCCCAAGAAUUUGUACCAGACCGAGGAAGCGCUGGAGUAUGCAGACCACAUCAAACUCUGGACCGAAACCAUCUACAAAUCAGCAAACGUCUUCAAAGGAGCUCCGCACGAGAUUGUCAUUGAGAUUCUGGAAGCUUCCUCAGUCAUCACCUGGGAUUUCGACAUUCUGAAGGGAGAUGUGGUGUUUAAUAUCUUCCACUCCAAAAGGUCGCCUCAGCCUUGUCGCAAAGACUCCAGCAGUCCCCUCGUCCCACUGCCUGGAGGCAACAAUGUGCAGCUGAUUGAAAGGAACUGGGUGUUGGGCGUGGACUACAGCAUGGUUGAAUCACUGCUCAUCUGUCGAGAGGGUGAGAGUGUUCAGGGCUCACAUGUGACCCGCUGGCCAGGCUUCUAUAUCCUGCAAUGGAAGAUGCACAGCUCCCCAUCCAUCUCCUCCACCACCCUACCCCGCGUGGACGAUGUUCUGGCUUCCCUUCAGGUUUCCUCCCAUAAGUGCAAGAUCAUGUUUUACACCGAAGUACUAGCAUCAGAGGAUUUCAGGGGUUCCAUGACUAGCCUUGAGUCCUGUCAGAGUGGAUUCUCCCACCUCAGCGCUGCCACCACUUCUUCUAGCCAGUCCCAGAGCAGCUCGCUUAUCUCCAGAUAGAAGCACUUGUCGAUAGCACCGCUCUGUGAGCUCUGCCCAGGAAACUGCCUGAGGCCCAGCCUGGAGACCUUCAUCAACCUGAGUACGAGUGCCAAGUCUUUGUAAUGCUAUCUCACCUCAGUGCAAUAUUGCCCUUCUGUAGUAUUUGCAUCAGGGCUCGAUCCUCAGUUUACAGAAGCACAUGCCUGACUGGUUCAGCUGACCUAGGACUCAUAUCAAAUAUCACAUCACUAUGGCAACCUUCAAUACUUUCAUCUAACAGACACAAGAACAUCACAAGCAUGAAAAACGAAUCCCUUCCAUAGAUCAGAUAUAUUCUACUCCAUCAGACUUCUCUGUGCCAAAACCAAUUUAAUCACAAUUCUGCUCACCUCACAUCUACUUCUUGGGCAUAACAGUCCUGCUACUCACACUCCAAGUUAAACAGCUGGAUUAGGUCUACAUUAUCCGUUCAACAUGUUAGAAACCUGGAUCAAGGCCUCACUCAAUUUUCUUUUCUCCGAUGAAAAUAAGUUCUUUCCUCAGUCCUUAGUCCUAGAAUCCUCCUUCAUGCUCCUACUUGACUUUUCUCCAAUUUGUCAGUGUUCUUGUGAAGGUUGGAAGCCCGAACACAACGCACAAUAUUCCAACGUGGCUUCGCAAUGAUCUGUACAAAGUUCCAUUAGUUUGUUAUUUCAGAUAAAUUCCAAUCCUGCUGACAACAGGUUUGUGUUGACUGGAAACCUUCGGAGAUUGAUCAAUGAUCAAUAAUCAGAGUGAAUCCUUUCCUCAUUCUGUCUAUAUUACUAAAAACAUAUAGUUACUAUUACUUGUAGUACUUUUGUACUAUUACAAAAGUAUAUUUUUUAUUUUUAUCUACAGUUAAUCCAUCUGCUAUUCAUUCCCCAAUUUACCCAAACCACUUUUACACUACACUCUAUACUCAGCCAGUUUAUUAGUUAUAAUGUUACAUAUCAUCCUUUCCAUAAAACUACCAUCAGUGCUUAGCAUACAUUUACAAUCCCUUCCAAAUAUCCUCGAGGCAACGCAUUAACCCUUUGUAGAUGGGGUUUGCACUUUGUGACAUUCACAAAAUGGCCUAUAGCCUUUGUUUCCAGGAGCAGAAACACUCCAAAUUAAUCAUUUGCCUCCAAAUACAGUCACUGUACAAUUUACAGUAAAUACUGUAAAGCGCUUUGAGACGUCCUCCUGACAUAAAAUGCGCUAUGACAAAUCCAAGCAUUAUGAUUAUUCACCUAGUUGUGAGACUGCUGACAAAUACAUCUGCUCUGUUUGACCACAAAGACAGUAGCUUUGCUUGACAGCAAUUAGUAUUAGUACACAGGUGACAACUAAAUAUCCCAAAACUGGCUGGAUAACCACAGUACGAAUUAGAUUACAGAGUACUACUAGCAGAAAUCCUACGGUGUAAAACCAAAGCUUAGGUGAGUCCAGGCUUAUAAAACUUUAUCCAUGACUGAUAUCCAUGAUGGAGCUGGUCUGACUUAGAACAGAUAUUGGGCUCUUUACUUUGUGCAUCAUAGAAAUAUACAUACAUACAUAUCGCUUUGAGUGCUGCUAUUUCAGGCUUUUGUGGAAGGUAGAUGAUCAAAUGACCAUACCUCCCAAGUUGUAUUUUGUAAAAAAUGUUUUACUGUCUUUCAAAACAGGGAAAGAAUUUGUUAAAAUUAAUUGGGCGAUGCACUGACCUCAGGUUGUACACAGCUCUAUUUGAGGAGCCUAUUUUUUCCACAUUUUGGGACAGUCCCUAAAUUGGGAAUCUGAAUACAACUCCCACAGCACUGGUUUCUUCUCCAGAGAUGUGCUGUAGUGAUGUUCAAACAGUUUAACUGUUUAACGUUUGCAAAAGACAAACUCGGAAAAACACAGGGAAUGUCAAACCAAAGCCUUGGAAAACAUUUCUCCACGUCAACGCGAGCAAGUGUUUGCAUCAGAAGAAUUGACUCCUCGCACUCAGGCAAGUCCUUGCAUUGAGCACUCCGUGAAGCUACCCCCCGUGAAGGUUGCUAUGUAAAAUGCAAGUUGUUGUCGAAUGGAGCACUGUGGGAACAUUUAAUAGCAAUGCUCAUCACUAACACCAAGUAUUUCUUUACCCAGAAGGUAAUUAAUAACUGGAACAGGUUACCAG